UGUUGAAAUUAGUUUUAGUCAUUGGAAGUAUAAUAAGUUGAAGUCUGAGCUAAAUUUUGUAAAGUUGAAGGUGAGGAGCACGGUCACUGAGGAUAUUUUUGAGUCCUUUUCUCGUAGCCAGGUUGGUUUCUAUAAUGAUCGUUUUUAUUCUAUUCGUAACAGACAAUUGAGAAAAUUUGAUAAUUUGCUGAGAUCACAGAGACCCAAAGAUUUUUCCAAUGUAAAUGAAAGAUGGAUUAAAAAUUUUUCUUCAAUUAAGGACAUCCCUGAUAAUGUUCUUUACUUACUUAGUAUGGGUGAUCGUUUUAAUUUGCCUUACACGCGAUCACUUCCUAUCGAUGAAAUAAUUGCUGAUUGUGAAACUAUCAUUAAAAAACAUAAUGUAGAUGAUAGAGAUGUACUGCGGAGCAGGGUUGUUAAUGUUAUUACAAACUUUGUCGGUUCAUACCAUGGGGGGAAACAACAUGACUCUUGGAUCUCUCGAUCGAUUAAGGAAACCAGGAUGUUUUUGUCUAAUUAUAGAGAGCGAAUUAUAAUUGUCAGAGCUGAUAAGGGAAACAUUACAGUUAUCAUGGAUAGGGACGAAUACUUCAGCAAAGCACUCAACUUGCUUGGUGAUUCAAGUACAUAUAAAGUUUUAGAUUCUGAACCCACUGUUAAAAUACAGAACAAGAAUAAUAGAUUAGUAAAAGUGUUGCUUGCUAAGAAUAUAAUAACCGAAGAAGAAGCUAGGCUGUUAACUACUAAUAAUGGAGUUACCCCUAAAAUGUUCACCGAUUUUCGCCCUGAGCAAAUUUAUUUCUAUGACACUGGAGCCAAUUUUUAUUAAAGAUGAAUCAUAUGUAAGGAACUCCUUUGAACUUUUUGACUCUAUCAAUAAAUUUCAGUUACCACCAGGCUAUAAGUUGGUGUCCCUUGAUGUGAUAUCCCUUUUCAC